GCCUCUCUCAUGGGCUGUCUUACUCAUAAACGCCCUCACCUUUUGCUGUAAAAGCCCAAGUGUGGGUUAUAACUUUUUUAUUGCAAAUCAAUCUCCCUCGUUUGCUAUCACGUCCUAAUAUCCUAUGCGAAGCUCCCUUCCCUUCCUAUGAAAAACAUAUCCUCCAUUUCAGUUUGAUACUUACUCUUCUGAAUUAAGGAUAUGAAAAGACUGAAUUUUCUCUGGAAUGUCUCCAAAAAUUUCUUCACAUGUGGAAUUAUAGGCCUUACCAUAUCAGAUCGUUAUAUCAGUAUUGUCCCCAUUCGAGGUGGUUCUAUGUCUCCAACUUUCAAUCCCCAUUGGAGCACUUCUGUGAAAACAUAUUCUGGUGACCGUGUAUUGGUGGAGAAAUUGUGCCUGGAUAAGUACAAGUUCUCACUUGGCGACGUUGUAGUUUUCUGCUCCCCCAGUAAUCACAAGGAGAAAUGUGUAAAAAGAAUCACUGCAUUGCCAGGUGACUGGGUCAGUUCACCUUACUCCUAUGAUGCUGUGAAGAUUCCAGAUGGACAUUGUUGGGUUGAAGGCGAUAAUUCAGCUUCUAGUUUGGAUUCAAAAUCCAUUGGCCCGGUCCCUUUGGGUUUAAUAAAGGGAAGGGCCACCCACAUUAUAUGGCCUCCACAAAGAAUUGGUAAAGUCGAGCAAACAAUUCCCAGAGGUAGAAUUGACUUCUAAAUGUUGUCAUCCGGAUUCCUGUUGUGCUGAAAGUAGAGUUAUUCAUCUAACUUCGACCUCUUCAUGGGAAAGAUCUUCUCCGCGGGAAUGAUAUAUGGAUGAGCUGUUAUUCUAGUUUUGCUAUUGCCCUAGUUCAAAAGUGGACUAUUGUAUUUGAAUCCUUAAUAUUUCUUUUUAUCACACUAUCAUACGCCCUUGAGGCCUAAAUGGACUGCACAUAAUCAUCUCAAUGAACAACAUGAGUGUCGACCCCCACAUCACUCGCUAGUAGUCAGGUCGUUUUUGGUUGAGAAGAGGUAUUGGAUUUAAAUCCCGUUUGUUAAGGUAUCAUUUUUUAAUUUUUGAUAUUAUAUGUGAUGUGAUAUGAAGUGUUUGGUUGAGUGGUGGAAUAAAUAUUUUAUAUUUAAAAUAA